CUCCCCCUCCAUGAUUUCAACAUGAUCGUAUUUAUAAACAAACACUACUCACCAAUCCCUAAUCCUCCUAUUAAUUAAUAAUAUAAAACCCACUCCCAAACGCCCACACACUACACAACCCCAGCUCACCAUUCCAAGCUCCUCCACCAACACACACACACACCAGCCAGCUCCGAGCUCACCACCAGCCAGCCAUGGGCAAGGACUGCGGCAACCACGCGGACGACGACUUCCGCCAGUCCUGCCGCCGCCUGCUCCUCAUCCUCCUCACCCUCGCGCUCCUCACCGGCGUGAUCGCGCUCAUCAUCUACCUGGUCCUCCGCCCCACCCACCCGCGCUUCUACCUGCAGGACGCCUCGCUCCGGCAGCUCGACCUGACCAACGGCACGGCGCCGCUGCUCUCCACGACGGCGCAGGUGACGCUCGCCUCCCGCAACCCGAACGGCCGCGUCGGCGUCUACUACGACCGCCUCGACGUCUCGGCGUCCUACAAGUACCAGCAGAUCACGCUGGCGUCCAGGCUGCCGCAGGUGUACCAGGGCCACGGCGACGUCGACGUCUGGUCGCCGGUCCUGUCGGGCCCCGGCGUCCCCUUCGCGCCGUUCCUCGCCGACGCGUUGAGCAAGGAUAUUGCAGCUGGGUACCUCAUCUUGCAGGUCAGGAUCGAUGGCAGGGUCAGGUGGAAGGUCGGGAGCUGGGUCUCCGGGCACUACCACAUCUUCGUCACCUGCCCGGCGUACUUCAUCAACGCCGGCGCCGGCAGCGGGUACCGCGGUGGCACGGUGGGCGCGCAUGGGCUCAGGUUCCAGACCGCCACGUACUGCCGUGUCGAGGUCUAGCGACGACGUCGGGGCGACCUUGCUUUCCUUCACGUGGCUCUCUGCUUUUGCUCUGCUUCCUCUGCUCCGGCCGGCCGGCCGGCGAGGUAGGCCAGCUUGUCGUCACAUGUGUCGUGUCUGUCUGUCUGUCCAUACUGAAAAGCAGGUGGUGAAUUGUAAUAAAUGGAGGGAUACAGAGGUAAAAAAAGAAAAAGAACCAGAGGUGUGAGGUAAUUUAGAGAGGGUUAAGUUAACUAGUGUUUCUUGGUGGAUACAAUACAUAUGUUUUUUUGUGUCGUGAUCUUUGUUCGGUUAUUAAGCGUUGAAUUGUUCAUAACCAAAUCUAAAAGUUGAUUCAGUUCAGGUAAAA